CCAUUAGAACCCUUCAAACUCUCCACUCAACUCUCUGGUCAGCUGUCUCUUCCUUCUACUCUAGGGUUCUCAAAGCUCAACUACGAUCUGUUCUUCUUCUCUAAUCUCAGGUGAAAGAUGCAAGCUGUGGUUAGAUCCUUGGUCUCCGGUGGAAAUGUUGUGAAAGCUUCUGUGCUGCAACAUCUCCGUGUGAUUAACCCGGCGAUUCAGCCUUCUGUGUUUUGUUCACGCUCUGAAUCAACUCAACCUGCUCGUAUGGAGGAGACUGGAUUCGAGAGCACAACUAUUUCCGAUGUCAUGAAAUCCAAAGGCAAAAGUGCUGAUGGAUCUUGGCUUUGGUGUACUACUGAUGACACUGUUUAUGAUGCUGUUAAAUCCAUGACACAACACAAUGUUGGUGCCUUGGUGGUUGUGAAACCUGGUGAGCAACAAGUUCUUGCUGGUAUCAUUACUGAGAGAGAUUAUCUACGGAAGAUUAUAGUGCAAGGGAGAUCAUCCAAAUCAACAAAAGUUGGAGACAUUAUGACUGAAGAGAAUAAGCUUAUCACUGUGACACCGGAGACCAAGGUCUUGCGUGCUAUGCAACUGAUGACAGAUAACCGAAUCAGGCAUAUUCCGGUAAUCAAAGACAAGGGCAUGAUCGGAAUGGUGUCCAUAGGAGAUGUGGUCCGUGCUGUGGUUCAUGAGCAUAGAGAGGAGCUUCAACGCCUAAAUGCGUUUAUUCAGGGAGGUUACUAGAUCUUGAAGAUUGGUAAGAUAAGAGUUCCCUGUUGUGUCUGGUCUUGUGCUGCUGAAUCUGAAAAGCUUUUAGAUCAGUGUAAAUAUGCAGUCCUCGUUGUUGUUGUUGUUGUUGUUGUUGUGUUAUGUUUGAUGUGUUGUGUUGUUUCGUUGUUUAACUUGUCAAAACUAAGGCCUUGUGCUUCUCCUUUUCUUGCGCUUACUUUGCAAGAGAAUAAAACCAAAGACUCUGAUCUCGUUAUGAAA